AUGGGGCGAUUCUACUGGUCCCCAAGCCUUUUGCUCGUACUAUUGGUUCUUGUAAAGAUAUCGUCAGCCUCGCUUCCUGCUUGUGGGAUGAAGUGUAUUGGACUCGAUGCUGCAAUACAUGAGGAGGUCAGAUUGUGUCUUUCUUCAAAUUGCACAGUCCAAGAAGCUCUUGAAUCAGCGAAAUACUCAAACGAGAAGUGUGGUGUCUCUAGCGAGGACAGAAGAGCCGCUGUAUGGGUUCCUGGUGUGGUAUUUGGCAUACUCGGCUUGGUCGCCUUCGGAUUGCGUUGCCUGGCACACCUUCUGAACAGAACACAACUAUGGGGGUUGGACGAUUGGGCCAUAUGUGUUGCCAUAUGCUGCUUGACACCUUUGUGUGGCAUCUCCGUGGCAAUUUCAAGACUAGGGCUCGGCUUAGAUAUCUGGGCUGUUGAGUUCGAAAAUAUCACAAAGAUUCUUCAUCUUUUUUACUGGGGAGAGAUUCUUUAUGCCACUGCACUCACAUUCACAAGAGUUGCGGUUCUAUUCUUCUACCUAAAAGUCUUCCCGAUGCGUAGUUUUCAACUGUACGCUUACAUUCUCAUGGCUUUGACGUUUGCCUAUGGUAUUGGAUAUGGUGCAGCGCUCAUAUUUCAAUGCAUUCCCAUAGAAGGUGCCUGGCGCUCAUGGAAUGGUGAGUAUCAUGCCAAGUGUAUCAACAUUAAUCAACUAGGGUGGUCGGCAGCUGCUAUCAAUGUCGUCCUAGAUCUGGCGACUAUUGUUCUUCCAUUGCCAUUCUUGUUUCGACUUUCCAUGUCAUGGAAGAAGAAGAUUCAAGUAAUCGGAAUGUUUGCCGUCGGUUUGUUCAUUACGGCCGUAAGCACUGUACGCCUGCACACGCUGGUAGAAUUUGGGAAAACAACGAAUGUGACGCAGAGCUAUGUUGAAGUCGGAUACUGGUCUAUAAUGGAGAUCUCAGUCGGCAUUGUCUGUGCUUGUAUGCCCGCAACACGCUCACUUCUCAGACGCAGCUCCCCUUCCAAUACCCAAUAUAACAUGAGCCGCGACUCGGCCGCAUUUGGAGUGCCCGCAUCUCAGUCUAGAUCACUCAAGAUUAUGAGCAGGCAGAGAUCUGUCAAGCAUGAGUCGCCUAAUUCUGGAGCUCAAUCAGACAAUGCAAGCCAAGUUGAGCUUGUAUACUUUUCAAAAGACCCUACUUAG